AUCUGGGGUUAUUCCAAGAGUCCCAAGACAAUUGGACCUCUUGUUGAUAAAUAACACGUGUAUCCCAUUGUUUACUGUCCAAUUCUAUAAAUAACUUAUUGAGGACAAUUGAAGAUGGUUGUGGCUAUUGGGUUCGAGGGGAGUGCGAAUAAACUUGGAAUUGGGAUUAUUCGAGACGAUGAGGUGCUGUCGAAUGUCAGGAGAACGUACGUCACACCUCCCGGUGAAGGGUUUCUACCGAGAGAAACAGCUGUUCACCACAGGACACAUGUCCUUGAGGUAUUGAAGCACGCCCUGGAGGAUGCUAAAUUGACGAUGAAGGAGGUCGACGUGAUCUGUUAUACAAAAGGUCCUGGAAUGGGUGGACCCUUGACAGUUCUUGCUCUCGUCGCCAGAACAGUCGCACAAAUUUAUGAUAAACCGAUUAUUGGUGUCAAUCAUUGUGUUGGGCACAUUGAGAUGGGGAGAUUGAUCACCAGGAGUGAGAAUCCGACGAUUCUGUAUGUCUCCGGAGGGAACACUCAGAUUAUUGCUUACGCCGAGCAGAGGUACAGGAUUUUUGGGGAGACCAUUGAUAUUGCUGUUGGAAAUUGUCUGGAUAGGUUCGCCAGGCUUCUCAUGCUGUCCAAUGACCCCAGUCCUGGGUACAAUAUCGAGCAGAUGGCCAAGAAGGGUGAUAAGCUUGCACCUCUGCCUUAUACUGUCAAAGGGAUGGACGUGUCAUUCUCUGGAAUUUUAUCGCACAUCGAGGAACGUCUGGAGGACUGGCUGAGCUCUGGAAAAUACACGAAGGAGGACCUCUGCUUCUCCCUCCAAGAAACUCUCUUCGCAAUGUUAAUAGAAAUCACAGAAAGGGCUAUGGCUCAUGUGUCAUCUAAUGAGGUCUUGAUAGUCGGUGGUGUGGGCUGCAAUGAGCGCUUGCAAAAUAUGAUGGAAAUAAUGUGCAGUGAGCGUUCAGCGAAGCUCUACGCCACCGACGAGAGGUUCUGCAUAGACAACGGUGUCAUGAUAGCAGUUGCUGGUCUUCUCCAGUUUACUCACGGUAAACCCACCCCCUGGAGCGAGACGACGUGCUCCCAGAGAUAUCGAACCGACGAUGUAUUAAUCACUUGGCGAAAAUAAAUUACUUGA